UCUAUUCUUUAAUGUAAUAUAUCUUACUUCACACACAAAAACAAGCAGAGAAAUUCCAAAUUCUCAAGAGUGAAAAACUAUACAGACAAUAUGGCAAGAGAGUGCCAUCCAUUGCUGAGGGGUGGAAGGAGAGAAACCAAAUACAGCCAUGGAUUCUCCACCUCUGAGCUUGAAAUCCUCACUAGUAUUUGUGAGGUUUUGCUUCCUCCAAUCCCUUUGAUGAAUUCCCAGGAGAAUAGUACCAAGAACGAGGUUGAUCAAUCCUAUGAGGCCUUCUGCAAUGCCUCUGGUUCUCAGUAUCCAGUGCCUGAUGAGGUGGCUGAGCUUAUAAAGAAGAGGGGUUCGUGGGAAGCCAAAAUCUUGGUGAGAGCGACGUUGAGAAUUCUUUCAACGAGAUUGGGGACUCUAUUGAUUUGUGGAAGUCAUAGUUUUGACAAAAAAUGGCCUUACUUGAAGAAAUUCUCUGAAAUUUCAUUGGAGAAGAGGGAAAAAGUUGUCCAGAAAUGGUUCAGGAAUCGGCUGCUGACCCCUGUCAGGCUUGCAUUUGUGUUCAUCAAGUUCUUGGUCCUAUAUGUGUUCUUCACUCAGGUAGGAGAAGAUGCAAAGAAUCCUGCAUGGAAGGCAAUGGACUAUCGCGUUGAUGUUGAUGAAAAAUUGCGUGAUGCGCCCAAAGAGAGGCCUCUAGAACAAGGAAUGGUCGAGACAAGGCAUGAGACUGAUUUGACGUUCGCCAAUUCCCUUGCAGCAAAAGGCCUAAAAGUCACACAAAAUGCCCAAAGAAGCAUGUACAAAGUCAAAUGCGAUGUCGUAAUUGUUGGCUCUGGCUGUGGUGGAGGUGUCGCAGCAGCCGUUUUGUCGAGGGCAGGCCUCAAAGUCGUUGUGCUUGAGAAAGGAAACUACUAUACGAGCAAAGACUAUUCAGCUCUAGAAGGGCCCUCAAUGUCUGAGCUCUAUGAAUCAGGAGGGUUACUAUCAACUCUUGAUGGGAAGACGAUGAUUCUUGCAGGAUCAACGGUAGGAGGAGGCUCAGCUGUGAACUGGUCCGCCUGUAUCAAGACGCCUGACUUCGUGCUUGACGAAUGGGGUAAUGGUCAGAAACUUCCUCUCUUUUCAAGUUCCGAAUAUAUUGCUGCAAUGGAGAAAGUGUGUGGAAGAAUUGGUGUCACAGAGAAGUGUGAUAAAGAGGGGUUCCAGAAUCAGAUUUUGCGAAAAGGGUGUGAAAAGCUCGGUCUUAAAGCGGAUCCCGUGGCACGAAACUCGUCAGAAGGACAUUUCUGUGGUUCUUGCUGUUAUGGCUGCAUUAGAGGAGACAAGAAAGGAACCGAUACGACUUGGCUGGUCGAUGCUGUGAAUUGCGGUGCUGUCAUCAUUUCAGGAUGCAAAGCAGAGAGAUUUGUGAUAGAAGAUAAAAAGUAUGGAAGCGCAAGGAAGAAGAGGUGCUUGGGAGUGAUUGCUAAGAGCAAGAUUGCAGAUACUGAACAGAUGAUUCAUAUUGAGGCAAGAGUCACAAUAUCUGCAUGUGGUUCCCUCCUGACUCCACCUUUGUUAAUCAAAAGUGGCUUGAAAAAUAGAAACAUUGGUCGGAACCUGCAUCUGCAUCCGGUGCUAAUGGCGUGGGGAUACUUCCCAGAGACGAGCUCAGAUAUUGAGGGCAAGAUUUACGAGGGAGGUAUAAUCACAUCAGUUCAUAAAGUUGGGCAAGAUGCAAAAAAUUUGAGAGCAAUUAUUGAGUCUCCAAUUCUAGGACCUGGUCAAUUUGCAGCAUUGUGUCCUUGGGAAUCUGGAGUUGAAAUAAAGAACAGGAUUUUGAAGUAUGCAAGAACAGCCCAUUUGUUUUCGAUGAUUAGAGACAGAGGGAGUGGUGAAGUUAUGUUGGAGGGGAGAAUCAAUUAUAAACUCGACAAAUAUGAUAAAGAAAACAUGAAGGUGGGGCUGCGUCGAGCUUUGAGGAUUCUAAUAGCAGCAGGAGCAGUCGAGGUUGGCACACAUCAAAGUGAUGGACAAAAGCUAAAAUGCAAAGGGAUAACUGAGAAAGAAGUGGAGAAGUUCCUCGACAACGUCAUUGCAGAAGAUGGGCCAAAAUCAAUGGUUGAGAAAUGGACGACUUACUCUUCUGCUCAUCAGAUGGGAAGCUGCAGAAUGGCAAAAAGUGAAAAAGAUGGAGCUGUUGAUGAAAAUGGGGAGAGUUGGGAAGCGGAAGGGCUAUUUGUUUGUGAUGCUAGCGUUCUUCCUGGAGCCGUUGGGGUUAAUCCUAUGAUCACUAUUCAGACGACUUCGUAUUGCCUCUCCAAGAAGAUUGCGGAAAAACUGAAGAAAGAAACAAUCUUAAGUUCAUAGAUUCUUUACCACAUAUUGAAUCAUGUGUUUUCUGUAUACUUGAGAGCAAUAAAAACGCAUACUUGCACUGUACCUAAAUAUGUAAAGCACUAUGUACAACUUUAGAUUUAUCGACAAGUCAAAUGAAUUUGAUUGAUUAUCAACAAAAAUUAUGAAGUUUUCGUGCUGAACAUACAUUUAUGCAAUCAAAUUUCCAUAAUCCCAGGUUGUACAGUAGACUUAGCCGUUUGCUAGCUUCUUAGCUGGUCAGGUUUAUUGAGCCUUAUGGCUCACUUCUUUGUUAAUAGCUUCUGACUAUGCAGUGGACUCCUCCAUGCCACGACCAUUUUCUGACCCCUCGAAGCCUA